AUGAUUCGCGUUAUUGUAUUGUUUUACUUAUUUUUAAUUACUGAAACAAAUGGGAAAGAUUUAUUUGAAAAGGAACAAGAUAUGCUGGGUAAAAACCUUAAGCCAAAACCAAUACCAACAACAACAGAACACUUAUUAAACAGCAAAAAUCCUUUUAUAAAACAUCAAAAACAAAUAAAAGAGCGUAGAAAAAGGGCAAUUUCACCAAUGUAUGAUAAUAGGCAAAUGAAUUUAAAUAAUCAAAAUGAGUUUUUGGAAAGUCAGCAAAAAGAAAUUGAAAACAAACAACCAGUCUGCACAAAAACCAAUGAAGAAAUCGUAGCAGAAAAGCAAAAACUAGACCAACUCAAAGCCGAAGUACAAAAAUUAAACGAAUUAAUAUCCCUUUUAAAAGACCAACAAACCAUGAUGAAAAAAAUAGGACCAGAAAAUAACGUAGAAGUUAACGCAUUAGAGAGUUCUUUUUUAUAUAAAACCAUAAAAAUGCUCGAAGACGAAAGAAAAAACAAACAAAGCUCAGACAGUCAAAUAAAUCAAGAAUUAAAUCGAAUAAAAUUAAAUUUACAAAAAACUGAAGACACCCUAAACAAAACUCAAGAGAUUCUUUUAUCUGACAGAGACAGAGAAGAAGUACUUGAAAACGAAAUAAAAAGACACAAUACAGAUUUAAAAUUUCUUAAAGUAAUGAUGGAGAAUUUGUAUGAUAAAACUUAUUCAAAUAAGCAAAAACGUUUAGAACCUAAAAUCAUUAAAGCUGAUGAUUAUGAAGAUAAUACUACUAACACGAUUCUUGGUGCAAUGCAUAUGAAUCGUAACCCAUUAGAAUCACUCCAAGACCAACUCGAAGUUACUUUGAGAGAUAACCAGCAAAAUACUGAAAAAUUUCUAAGACAUUUAGCUGAAGAACAAGAUAACAUACGAAGGCAGCUGUAUUUUCAGAAUACCAGAAAUGGUGGAAGAUUUCAGGAAGGAUUUAUGAAUAACCAAAGAAGAAGUGCACCUGAAAGAUUGAAAAAAUCUCAAAUAACAAGAGAUAGCGAGCAAACAGAUGAAAACCAGAAUAACAACAUGCACAGACUGUUAACGAUGUUAAGUAAACAAGACAAUCCAUCAGACGUUCAUCAAAUUCCAGAAACUAACGAGCAAAUAAAAACUAACGGAUCAGAAUUUGGUAGGGCCAGCAGUAAAUCUGACGAUAUAGAUUUCAAGCUGAAAGUAAUCGAAAUCCUUAAUAAAGAAGGAAAAUCUGACGAGGAAAAAAAGGAAAAACAACUACAAGAAGGUCUAUUGAAGUUGUUGAAACCAGAAAAAAAAACAACCGACAGUGAUGAAGAUGCUCUUUUAGCUUUGAUGACGUUGUUACCAAAGAAAACAAGUUCACAGAGCAGCUUGACAAAAUUGAUUGAAGCAUUGAGGCCUCAAGGCAAAUCUGACGAUUUUGAAGUAGAUGAGGAAUUAAGACAACUUCAAAAAGCAAUAAACAGCCUGAAACCCAAACAAGACAACUUCGAUUUGGGCAAUAAUCGACCAGCGAAGGAUGACUCACAAAAUUUCCAGGUAAGAAAUAAUAUUUGA